AACUAACCCAAACCUCUGGUGAGUUUACAGAGAAACGAAGUCUUUCAAAAUCAUUCCCGCCGUCCACCAGCGCCGCCGCCUAUUUCGCUCGUCUGUCACCGCCGGUCAUUAAAACUAAGCGGCGGAGGAGAUGCCUUCCAUGGCGCAAAACGGCCGCGUAACAACCGACUUCAAGCAGUCGAAUCAAGCUCACAACUCCAAUGCCUUCGCCAGAAGGGAGGAGAUUAGGCAGCAGAGAGAAUCUCUUCCUAUUGCCUCCGUGAAGGAAAGACUGAUCGAAGAGGUGAAGAAACAUGAUGUUUUGAUCAUUGUUGGUGAGACUGGGAGCGGGAAAACAACUCAAAUACCUCAAUUUCUAUUUAGUGCUGGCUUCUGUCGUGAAGGAAAGAGUGUUGGGAUCACACAACCUAGGCGUGUGGCCGCUGUCACUGUUGCUAAGAGAGUGGCUGAAGAAUGUGGGGUUGAAUUGGGGCAAAAGGUUGGGUACUCGAUUCGGUUUGAUGAUAGAACUUCUGGGGUAACUAGGAUCAAGUACAUGACUGAUGGACUGCUGUUGAGGGAGGCAUUACUCGACCCAUAUCUGUCAAGGUACUCGGUCGUCAUUGUUGAUGAAGCACAUGAGAGAACUGUUCACACUGAUGUCCUGUUGGGCUUGCUGAAAAAUGUACAAAAAGCUCGGUUGAAAUCUGGCACUCUAGAUGUGAUUGCUAGUAAGAAGAAUGGUACUAAUGGAACAUUGCCAGGAAAAGAAGGUAUCAGCCAAUCAGCCAAUGUUCUCAAGCAGUCCCAAGACAGGAAAUUCCCUCCCUUGAAGCUAAUCAUUAUGUCUGCUAGUUUGGAUGCACGAGUUUUUUCUGAGUACUUUGGUGGUGCCAGAGCUGUUCACAUUCAAGGCCGGCAGCAUCCUGUUGAUAUACUUUACACUCUUUAUCCUGAAAAAGAUUAUGUCGAUGCAGCCUUAGUGACAAUAUUUCAGAUUCAUUUGGAAGAGCGCCACGGUGAUAUACUUGUAUUCUUGACUGGGCAAGAAGAGAUUGAAGCUGUUGAGAGGCUUGUUCAGGAACGACUGCGUCAACUGCCUGAAAGCAAUAGAAAGUUGGUAACAGUUCCCAUAUUCUCAUCUCUUCCGUCUGAGCAGCAGAUGCGUGUAUUUAUGCCAGCCCCUGAUGGUCACCGUAAGGUUGUGCUAGCAACAAAUAUAGCAGAAACAUCCGUGACAAUUCCUGGAAUCAAGUUUGUCAUUGAUCCUGGAUUUGUAAAAGCUCGCUCAUAUGACCCAGCUAAGGGGAUGGAGUCCUUGAUUAUCAUUCCAACUUCAAAAGCUCAAGCUCUUCAAAGAAGUGGUCGUGCUGGGCGUGAAGGGCCAGGGAAAUGUUUUCGUCUUUACCCUGAGAGUGAAUUUGAGAAACUUGAGGAUUCAACAAAGCCAGAAAUCAAGCGGUGCAACCUCGCAAAUGUCAUUUUGCAGCUUAAAGCUCUUGGUGUUGACGAUAUAUUCGGGUUUGACUUCAUUGAAAAACCAUCUAGGGCAGCUAUUGUUAAAUCGCUGGAACACUUGUUUCUUCUGGGCGCUUUGACGGAUGACUGCAAAUUAUCUGAUCCAGUUGGACACCAGAUGGCUCGCCUUCCUUUGGACCCUAUUUAUUCUAAAGCUCUUAUCCUAGCCAGUCAGUUCAACUGUUUGGAAGAAAUGUUGAUUACUGUAGCAAUGCUGUCCGUGGAUUCAGUCUUCUAUGCACCCCGUGAAAAGUUAGACGAAUCAAGAACUGCUGCUAAAUGCUUUGCAAGUCCAGAUGGGGACCACAUUACUUUGAUUAAUGUAUAUCGAGCAGCUGAAGAUCUUCUGGAGAAAAGGAAGUGGGUUCCUCAUACAGAGAGAAACGAGAAAAUUUUUAAAGCAAAAAGUGAGAAGAUAUUCAAAAGAUGGUGCAAGGAAAAUUUCAUUAAUGGUCGUUCUGUGAGGCAUGCACGGGAUAUACAUAGUCAAAUUCGUGGACACGUUGAACAAAUGGGUCUUCGGAUCACUUCUUGCGGAGAUGAUAUGCUCCAAUUCCGCAGAUGCCUUGCUGCAUCAUUUUUCAUUAAUGCAGCUUUGAAGCAGCCGGAGGGAAAUUAUAGGGCUUUCGGAACUGGUCAAGUAGUUCAGAUUCACCCUUCCUCUGUGCUGUUUCAGUCAAAGGUUGAGUGCGUCGUUUUCAAUGAAAUGGUUCAAACUACUAACAAGUACAUCCGGAAUGUAACCAGGAUCGAGUAUAUGUGGUUAACUGAGCUUGCGCCACACUACUACACCAUGCAGAGUUGAGAUGUGCUUUAAAAUGGUCGAGGUUGGAUUCAGCUUCCUGUUCAACAUUCUCAUGGGAUGUGAUGGAUGUCAGUUCUGUCAAGAAGUAGACUUUUAAUCUUUCAUUGAAGCCUUAGUCCGACUAAUAUGCUUUUGGUCUUGGUGGAAAAAAGAUGGUGCAUGUGGAGGCAAGAUUUAUAUUUGCUGCUCAAUCGAUUUGGUUUGCAUGAGGUGGAUUACCAGCAACUAUGCCUUCUCUACUAGGCAGGGAUUCGUUGAAGUAUAAAUCAGGAACUAGGCGACAACUUGGAUCUUGCUCUAUGAUAUUUUUCCCGAUUCCAGCUUAAGAGGAUUGCUGCUUGCGGUUUCAAACUUGAGAGACUAAUUCAAAGUUGCCAACUUUGAGAAACUCUUGGAAUUUCAGCUAAGCCUGCAACUGUCGCGAGCCUCUAAACAGGAUACCAGCUAGCGCUGAUAUUUAGAAUCCUGAUUCCCACCUAAUUAGAGCCAGGAAAAAGGACUACCUUGGAAUCUUAGCAUGAGCUUUUUUGUUUUUAGUGUUAGUAUUGUAUUACCUUGGAAGUUGGAACCUUGGUUUGUGCUGUUGUUUGAUUCCUGUUCGGCUGUUUAUUAUCCUACUUGCUCUCUUAACCUUUGUAAACAAGACACAGCGAUAGAGACAUCUUAUGCUGUCUUGCAAUAUUGAAAAAUGGAAUGGUACUUUUGCUUGUCAGAAGUGCCGAAGAUAUGUCAAAUAUUCCUUCGGGAGAAGGAUUGUGAAUAAGCAUUCAAUUUUCUUUUCUGGUAUUUUCUCGUGUGUUUAUUGUUGUAGUUUUCAGGAUAUCAAAUCUGCCUAGUUGGUCCAAGAAAAGCUGAAGAAAUGGAGCAUAUGGCAGAAGAGUACAAUGGUGGAGAAACUGAGAACAUAGUGGACAGAAUAUUUUUCAGGUCGGCGUUGCUUGUUUCCACGGCCUAGGAGUCAAGACAAACAAGCAGACCAGUUCAGACUGCCCUAGUGAUCGUCAAAGCUGUUUCUCUGUCCUCCAGCUAACUGCUUUUCCAAGAAAGGAAGUGCAAAAGAAUAUCAGAAAGGACAAGGGAAGGUUGCCUCACCAUAGACUAAUCUUUCCUUCUUUUCUCAUAUGCAAUGCAUGAGCAUCCUGUGGUAUCUGCAAGUGAAUCAAAAUGGGAAAUGCAAUUAGAUGCAUAUCAGGUGAUAAUGAAGGGAGAAAAAAAUUCUCUUUGCCCUCUUUCAAGGGAAAACCUGCUGCCUUCUUGUCUUCUCUUUCUUUUCAGAAGAAGAAUAUGAAGGACAGAGAAGAAAAGAGUUGUGAGACAAACGAAGAUGAUUCAAUAAGAGAUAUCAGUUUCAUGUCAUCAGACCGUGCACUUGCUGCAGCUUUUGUCCAGAACCAUCGGACAAAUGGUGGUUACAAUUCAGUGCAGAGAACAGUCUCUGAGACUGUGAUGGGGCCACCGAGAAAGCAUGGUCCUCAUGUACAGAGGAGCUCAAGUUCGAGUCAAGUUUUGCUCAUUGAUCGUUUCAUCCGACCUCAGCAGCUUGUCAAUCAGGGUAUAAAGGUCGAUGAGCUUGAGGCUAGCCAUUUUGUUCUUGUCCAUGGAGGUGGGUUUGGAGCCUGGUGUUGGUACAAAACUGUAGCACUCCUGGAAGAAGCCGGAUUCACAGUUGACGCAGUGAACUUAACGGGUUCUGGACCCGGCUUAUCUGAUUCAAACAACAUCUACAGUCUAGCUCAAUAUGUGAAGCCGCUUACUGAUGUUAUCGACAAACUUGGUCAAGAAAAUAAGGUUAUUUUGGUUGGCCAUGAUCUUGGUGGUGCUUGUAUCUCAUAUGCUAUGGAACAAUAUCCAUUAAAGAUUUCGAAAGCUGUUUUUGUAGCUGCAACAAUGCCAUUCAAUGGUCAGAGUGCCCUUGAUUUGCUGUCCCAGACACAACAGACAGAUUCUGAGAAUCUCAUGCAGAAAGCUUACAUAUUUCUCUAUGCGGACGGUAAGGAAAACCCUGCAACUUCCAUUGAUCUUGACAAAGAUAUCUCCAGAGAGCUGUUAUUCAACCGGAGUUCCACGAGAGAUAAAGCACUGGCAGCAGUAUCAAUGAGAUCAAUCCCAUUCGGACCAGCUGUGGAGAAACUGACCCUCUCUGAAGAAAACUACGGGUCCAUCACAAGGCUGUACAUCAAAACGUUGGAAGACCAUGCAAUUCCUGCAUCUCAACAGGAAGCCAUGGUCCAAUCAAACCCUCCACAACAAGUUUUCCAGAUCAAGGGUUCUGAUCAUGCCCCAUUCUUCUCCAAGCCACAGGCUCUGCACAGGAUACUGGUUCAGAUUUCACAGAUUCGUUGAUCUAGUGGAAUGGGCGCUUUCUUUUUUGGUGAGGUGCAUGUCGGUGAUGCAUAGGGAAAUGGUGUACUGGUGAAUGAAUGCUGUCGUCAACUUUGACAUGUCUGGUUAUUUUUGGUUCCACCUUUGACUAGGCCGGCAGCAAGAAAGGGAAGAUCAUGUUGUGUCUCGGCUAGUUUCGUGAUUCCCGUGGCUGUAGGAUGACUUGACAUCUCUAAAGCAAAUAGUGGUUCAUGGGCACCUUAACCAAAAUUUACGACCAAUUAUUUGAUUGUAAGGUUUGUUUAAUU